AUGUCGCCCAGAAGCAGUUUCAAGUACGUGUACAUCCCCGCGGACGACACGUGCCCGAUGGAGGAGCUCAGCAUGGAGAUCCCCGAGGGCAGGGAGAUGGAGUGCCUGCUGGACGUGCUGAAGGACCACUUCAGGAACUCCAAGACUGUCGGAACUGCGAACGAGCAGAAAGCUAUUUUCAAGAAGCAGCUGGAGGAGCACAGCGGCAAGACGAUCGACGAUAACCUCAUGGACAUCGCGGCGAAGAUGCAGAUGGUCCAGCCUGUGGCGCUGCUUCCGGGGGGGAAGGCAACGAACUGGGAACACAUCAACUGUUACGUGGACGAUCGGGGCAUCAGCAAGGGCUUGCCUCGCAACAUCCGCGCGUGCGGCAUCGCCAACGAGUGCGGUGCGUCAUCUGACAUCGUCGGCGACGCGUUCAUCGCCCGCAUCAUCGAUGACGAGGAGAGGUUCGAGCGACACGACUUCACCCUCAGCGAGGUGUCCAGCUCCGCGCCGUGGGUGAAGCGAGCGUUUGAGCUCAACCUCGCUAAGCAUCAAAACUCGGGAGAUAUGAAGGAGCAGCUCCGGGCCAUGACCAACAUGAAUACCGCGGCGGAUGCCCUCGAUCUUCAGGACGACCUCCCGGAGCCCGGUCCUCCUCCAGGUGCCAUCGAAGAAGGCGUGACGCAUCCGUACCAGUGGACGCAGGAUGGCGAGGACCUCGUGGUGACGGUGCCAAACCUACCGGCGGAGACGGGUAAGGGGGACGUGCGCUGCGAUAUCAAGAUGAAACACCUGCACCUGGAGUGCGACAAAGCGCCGGAUGGGGAGCGGGUCAUCAUCGACGGCGCGCUAGAGCUGUGCUUCGAGGUCAUCCCGGACGAGUCCUCCUGGAGCAUCCUGGCAAACAAGGACGGGACCAAGAGGAUAGAAGUGACGAUGACCAAGGGGAAGGACAUGCGAUGGCCGUGCCUUACCAGGACGAAGAGUGCGCCGGAGACGAAGUAA